UGACAGGUCAGUGUCAAAUGCCCUGAUAUUUACCAAAAAUAAUACUUUUUUUCUACAAAAAAUUAUGUUUCCCAUGUUUAAUCUUGAUGAAGAACUGCAACAAGAAAAGACAUAUAGUCAUCCUUGGGAAAGAUCUAUAAAAGAUGCUUACAGAAACAGAAUAAAAACUGCACAUAAUUCAAUAAAUAAUCGUCGCUAUUCAGCAAAGAAAGAAAAAAGUACUGGAAAAUCCAUUGAGCGAGUAAAGUUUACGGUUAUUGGCAAUAGAGUUACCAAAGAAUUUAUUUAUUGUAUCAAUUUGGUAAAAGGUCUUUAUAAGUACAGGAAAGACUACUUUGAAUCUCCUGUUAUAAGAGGUGUAACUGGAGUUGAUUGGCCACAUGUAUGGAAUGAUUUAAAAAUUCAAUACGGUGGCCUAGCCUACUGCUUGACGUCGCAACUCGUGGUAUUCCUCAAUGACAAAAUCGUUGGCGGAGAAAAGGAACUAAAAGAGUUAAUUGAAACGAGAUUCACCUACCGCCUGUCUUUGAAUUAUUAUUAUGAGAGUGUGAAACAGUUCGCAAAUUUUAUUAAAGGCUCUGGUAGACCUACAGUUUUCAUGCACAUAUCGAUAAAUGAUGAACACAUUGGGACAAUGAUAUUUAUGCUCUAUGCCGAUGUAGUACCAUACACUUGCGAGAACUUCUUGCGUUUGUGCAAGACAACAAAAGGCGGGUACAGCGGCACCCCAGUGCACCGGAUCGUGAAAGACGGCUGGAUACAAUGUGGAGGGUAUGGUUUAAAGGGCACGAAUCUGGAUUGCGAAAACUUUAUAGUACCGCCUGAUAAACGUGGGGUGCUUUGCAUGGCUAACGCUGGCAGGCACGUGGAUUGUUCAACUCAAUUCUUCGUCCUUCUUCAACCAUCCCCUUGGAUGCUACACAAGUAUGUGGCGUUCGGUCAGCUCAUAGACGGAGAUAGCACUUUACGCAAAAUUGAAAAUGUUGAAACUUGGUAUGAAUCUCCGAAACAAAAUAUCACCAUUUAUCAAGCUGGAAUUUUGAACAUAGACUGUCAAGAUAUAAUGAUAAAUCGAGGCACACAUGAAUAUAUACAUGGACACAUUGAAGACCUAUUCGCAUUGGGAGAGGAGUUAUGGGAGGAAAUAAUUGGAAGAGUUUUCUUAGAAAUACAGAUGAGAGAAAAUGCAAUGCUUGAAGUUCUGUUUGAAGGUGAAGAAGAACAUGUUUCAAACGAAUUGCACCUUCAUGCAACCGCGAGGUUCAUGAAAAAAGGAAUUGCACCAAAUAUGUCAAAACUUCAAAAAUCUAAGAGCCUAGAUGAGACAAAGUCACCGGAUAGUGAGCAUGAAAAUAAUGAUUUCGAUGUAUCUGAGUACCAGUAUGAGGAAGAAGAGGACUUGUACAGGGACUUGAUAUCUGUGAAAGAAUCAGAAAGUCUCGUAGUUAAACCUGAAAAGCCGUAUUACCUACCACUUACAGACGUGCCUUAUCCUGGAGAAGUGAGCUCAGAAUAUGAUUUGAAAAAAUUUGUAAGGGGCGAUUACUGCUUAGAAACAGACUUGAUGGAAGCGGAUAAAGUUAAAGAAAGUGUAUACGUCCAUAAAGUUGAAACAUUCCCGGCUGAAAUAUUGCAGUUAGCAUCAAAUGAGUCUUCGGAUGCAUCAGAGAAUUCGUUAGAUUCGGACGAGGAAGCGGAAAUAAAACAGUUUUUAAAACACAAGACUGACACUGCUAGUUUUGCCGGCGAGGUCAUACGUGGUAUAUCAAGAGCUAAGCAUGAUGGAAUCUUGCUGAACCCAAGAAAGGCAGCAUUAACUGACGAUGAACUCCGUUACAAAAAGUUAAACUCGGAGAAAAUCAACACAAAUAGGCAAGUGUCUAUGUUAGUUCCCGAUAAUUCACAACCAGCAAGGCAAAUAAAAAGGAAAAUAACGGGUUUUUAUAAGCCCUGCGAUUGGAAACAUGAAACAAGUGAAGAUAAUGACAGUAGCGAUGGUCUAAGGUCUGUGCGCAUAGACCCAGGGUCAGUGGCCUGGGCCCCCCCUUCGAAGAUAAUUCGCAGGCCCACUACGUUCUCACGACCCGGCGCCUUCGAAUCCGGCAUGGACUUGCCCGUCCUAAGUCGCAAACGUCCGCAAUUGUUCCGUUUCCUCGACACUGAGGACGAAAUCUCGGCACCAACUUUAAAAGAAUUCAGGCGUUAUACUUCAGAGAGGAAUAGCAUGAUGUUGACACGUACAACAUUAGAAAUUGGAUCAGAUGACCAACUCACACACUAUCGUCCCUAUUUCGCCAAUGAGACCUCGUCUCAUAAGAGGCCCGCCCGUAGUCUCGAAUCACUGAAAACUUCUAUGCAAAGUGUCGCGUUCGCGAGAAAACGACCUUCCAUGUCAGUCGAAGAGUAUCAAUUGAGAAAUCAACAAUAUAAAGCAAAGACGCAAGAAAAUAACUAAACAUAUCUACUUCAUGUGACGUUGUUAUAGAAAAUAUUUAACUUUUUUUACCAACACGGCGGCUGGAAAGUCAUUCUGAAAAUACGUAUUAACUAUUUUUUACCCUCGUACCAUAAAUUUUAUUAAAUAAAUUUUACAUUGAU